UUUCGAUGCUCCUCCCUAUCCUGCGUUUCCUUUCCCUCCUCCUUCUGCUCCUCUGACUGCAAGCGAGCCGCUGUUGUUGUCAGUACGUUUCGUAGCCCGCCGGGGACACAGGAAGCGCGAGCGCAGUCCGUUGGGCGCGCGAGCUAGAGAACCCAAACGAAAGUGGCGCGAGCUGCAGAACGUCGAACCGCUGGUCUGUUUUAGUUGUUUGUUUGUUGCUGCCGCCGCCUCCUUCGCCUUGUGACUGUGGAGGCCACUCCGCAGCUCCCUGCCUGUGCGAUACUAGAGGACGGGCGCUGAGGAGAAGCCGCCGCUGUCCAUGCGGCGAGUGGCGGGGGGAAAAACGAGGGCCGCGGCCGGAGGAAGGGCACCGGCUGUAGGUGCUGACACUGGGAUCUGAGGAGAGGAAGCAGCUUUCUUGAUUCCCUCCCCACGGCUAUAUAUUCGUCAGGCUUAGGUGGUGGCUAAGAAGUACUUAGACCCGACCUGCAGAUCUGCUUGGGGGAUGACAGUGCAUCUUAUUCCUGCAAGCCAUAUACAGAGCCAACAGGGAAUAAAGGAAGAAGAAUGCGAAUCUUUCAUCAGAACUGGAUAUGGAAAUAUCAGUAGAUGAAUCUUCAGAAAACAUGAGGAGAAAUUGAAACUUCGUAAGCAAAGCGUUGAUAAGAUGAUACCUCUGGAGAGGGAACUGCCAUGGUGCUUUUGGCAAUGAAAAUGAGUUGUGCAUCUGUUUCAAGUAUCUUUAUAUGAGACAACAAUUUAAAAACGUUUCAGCAUUACUACUUGAAGCAAUAUGGCAGGUUUCAAACGAGGGUAUGAUGGGAAAAUUGCUGGACUGUAUGAUUUGGAUAAAACUUUAGGGAGAGGGCAUUUUGCUGUGGUCAAACUUGCCAGACAUGUUUUUACAGGUGAAAAGGUAGCGGUGAAAGUAAUUGACAAGACUAAGCUAGAUACUCUAGCAACAGGACAUCUUUUCCAAGAAGUUAGAUGCAUGAAAUUAGUGCAGCAUCCUAAUAUUGUUCGCCUGUAUGAAGUUAUUGACACACAGACCAAACUUUACCUAAUCUUGGAACUUGGUGAUGGAGGAGAUAUGUUUGAUUACAUCAUGAAACAUGAAGAAGGUCUUAAUGAAGAUCUGGCAAAGAAGUACUUUGCUCAGAUUGUUCAUGCUAUAUCAUACUGCCAUAAAUUGCAUGUAGUUCACAGAGACUUAAAACCAGAGAAUGUUGUCUUCUUUGAAAAACAAGGACUUGUGAAAUUGACUGAUUUUGGCUUCAGCAACAAAUUUCAGCCUGGAAAAAAGCUCACAACAAGUUGUGGAUCUCUUGCAUAUUCUGCUCCAGAAAUUCUACUUGGGGAUGAAUAUGAUGCACCUGCAGUAGAUAUAUGGAGCCUGGGAGUUAUCCUUUACAUGUUGGUUUGUGGACAACCACCAUUCCAAGAAGCAAAUGAUAGUGAAACUUUGACAAUGAUCAUGGACUGUAAAUACACAGUGCCAUCACGUGUAUCCAAAGAAUGUAAAGAUUUAAUUACUCGAAUGUUGCAAAGAGACCCAAAACGAAGGGCAUCUUUGGAAGAAAUUGAAAACCAUCCCUGGCUACAAGGAGUUGAUCCAUCACCUGCAACAAAGUACAAUAUUCCAUUAGUGUCAUACAAAAAUCUGUCAGAGGAAGAGCACAACAGCAUCAUACAGCGAAUGGUUCUUGGAGACAUUGCAGACCGGGAUACCAUAGUAGAGGCUCUGGAAACUAACAAAUACAAUCACAUCACUGCUACCUACUUCUUACUAGCAGAGCGGAUUCUAAGAGAGAAACAGGAGAAAGAAAUACAAACCAGAUCAGCAAGCCCAAGCAAUAUUAAAGCUCAGUUUAGGCAGUCAUGGCCAACAAAAAUUGAUGUCCCCCAAGACUUGGACGAUGACCUCACAGCUUCUCCUCUGUCCCAUGGAGGUGUUCCUCAGUCUCCAGCUCGCAGUGCUGAAAAUGUUCUUAAUGGUCACAGGAAUAAGGCACUUAAUGAUGCAUCAAAGAAGGAGGACAUUCCUGAAUUAGCCGGACCAGCACUUUCUGUUGUUCCUUCAGUGAGCUUAAAACCUACAACUAGUGGUCGGAAGUGCUUGUUUAGGGUAGAAGAAGAUGAGGAGGAGGAUGAAGAAGAUAAAAAACCUGUUUCCCUUUCAACUCAAGUUGUUCUCCGCCGCAAGCCUUCAGUUACAAAUCGUCUUACUUCCCGGAAGAGUGCCCCAGUCCUCAAUCAGAUCUUUGAGGAAGGGGAGUCUGAUGAUGAGUUUGAUAUGGAUGAGAACUUACCCCCCAAACUUAGCCGGCUAAAAAUGAAUAUUGCUUCACCAAGCACUGUGCACAAGCGUUACCACAGAAGGAAAAGCCAGGGUCGGGGGUCUAGUUGCAGUAGCUCAGAAACAAGUGAUGAUGAUUCAGAAAGUAGGCGACGUCUAGAUAAAGACAGUGGGUUUACUUACUCCUGGCAUAGACGGGAUAGUAGUGAAGGUCCUCCUGGCAAUCAGGGAGAUGGCAGUGGACAAGGAAAACCAAGCAAUGGAAAUGGAGGAGUAGACAAAACAAGCCCUGGUGAUAACAAUAAAGGGGGUGGAAGUCCUUCCAGUAGUUCUAGUGGAAGCACGAAUAACAAUUCAGGUUCUACUCGCAGGUGUGCUGGAUCUGGUAAUUCAAUGCAGUUAUCUUCAAGAAGUGCCGGUGACCUGGUUGAAAGUCUCAAAUUAAUGAGCCUCUGCUUAGGUUCACAAAUUCACAGUAGCACUAAAUUCAUUAUUGAUCCACAAAACACCAUCUCAUUUUCUAGUGUUAAGGUGCAGGAGAAAUCAACGUGGAAAAUGUGUAUAACUUCUACGGGGAAUGUAAAUCCAGUUUCAUCUUUGGGCAGCAUAAAAUUAUUUUCUGAUCAAAUGUCAGACACUGCAAAUGAAUUGGAACGGAUAAAGAGCAAGAACUUAAAAAAUAAUGUGCUACAACUACCUCUGUGUGAAAAAACUAUAUCUGUGAAUAUUCAACGAAACCCAAAGGAGGGACUGCUGUGUACCUCCGGUCAAGCUACUUGCUGUCAUGUUGUUUGACAAUAAUCAGACUUAACCCAUUCUACUUGACAUCACCAAUCUUCCUUUUCUGCGCUGUGAAUACUUAUUUCACUGAAACCCUUCAUUGUCAUUGUCUUAAUAUUUUUAAAAUGAGCUUUGAGCAGUAAUUUAUUACAUUUUAAUUUAGUUUGCUUGAUAUGACAAUGCAUGAUUUUAUGCAUGCUGCUAGCCAAUUUUUUUGUUCCCAACAAACUAGAAUUUGUGUAACUUUUUUACAUUUAUAAUUUUACUACAGAAAAUCUGGAUUACAGUAAGGCUUGUGUCCAAAUCCAGUGUAAAUGAAGCACUUGAUAGUUUCACAUUCUGCACUUAAAUGAGAGAGAGAGCUUUUGUUUCAUUGUGAAAUGUCCAAUCUUGUUCUGAUCUUGUGUGUUUCCUAAACCAUGUGAGAUGUGGCAUAAUUCUGUGUGUUUGCAACAGAACCAAAGCAAUAAUGUUUUGAUGCUGAAAACUCUUCUGGGAGCUUUCAGAUUUCCAAGGCUUGUACAAAGCAAAGAUGCACUGAAAAUUUAAGAAAUCUUGAACUAUAAUUUUUAAUCCCACAUCUCUUUGUCUUAAACUAUAAUAUGCAUGAGGUGGUGGCUGAAGAUCUUGUUUUGGUAUGGACAAGACUGAAAAUCUCUUUAAGGCAGCUUUCCCCCCAGAAAUAUUGUACAUGCAGACAAUCUUUUAAAAACCAUGUAACAAAGGAAAGAUAUAAAGUCAUCUGCUUGGAGUUUUUCUUUUUUUUACAAUCCAAGAGAAAAUACAUUCACUAUUGGAGUCUAUUAUGGGAAUUGUUGGGUACAGAACAAGACAUUUAAAAUGGACCAAUUUGUGUGACUGGGGGAACUCUUCCAACAAGCCAGUUCCUGUAAAUUAACUGGCCAUAAGCAUAUUAAAAGGCUUCACGAAGUUUGCAUCUUCUCAGUCUAUCUUUCACCCAGCCCCAUAGCAUUUGCAGCCUGUUUCCAAUGUUGAUGGAAGCUUCAUAGAGUAUUGAUUACCUGAAGGAUAUAAUUGAGCAUCUCAAUUUCUAUUUUCCAUUAUUUCCCUUUAAACAAACAGGCAAUUGAGAUAGGUGUCUGUCACUUCGGUGUAAUGUUGGUUAUAUCAAAAAAGGUGCAAAAUACAACACUGCAUCCAAUCCUAUAAACCAGGUCUUUUAAGUGAAGCUAUGGUGAGCUAAAAAGUUGUUGGAAUUUGAGUAGGGGUCUGUUCAGAUCAGAACCUAACUGGAGUGUAUUAAAAUUAUGCGUCCUGAAUGCACUCCUUGGAUGUCAAAAUGUGCCAUAGAAUAAAUUAAUGCAAAAUUAAAGGAAUUGUUCUAAUCUGAAAUUUAGUUUGAGGUUUAAAAUUGUCUUGUUUUAUUCCCUUCAAUAACUCUCUCCAAAUCAAGUCAGAUAAUACAAGCUGCAUGGAUCAAUUUCCUUUUACAUUCUUCACUUCUGUUAGCCCUUUUAACCCCUUGCUACUGAAAUGUCAGCAGAUAAAUGUGUUGGCAUUUUUUAUGUACAAAAGGAUACUUUUGACCAGAUGAACUAACUUUUGUGAACUUUUAUCUAGAAUAAAAUAUAUUGCAGAUUCCCAGUUUUGGGCAAGGCAAGAAUGUUAUUUUUUCAUGCUCUGUGCACUGGGUCUUCAAAGCAAUGCUGGUAAGAAUUGAUGGUAUUAUGUAGCAACAACCCAGACAGGCACUGAUUGAGAGAGUUUACGCCGUUUAGUAUCUUAAUGCUAGCAAAAUGGUCAAGUAGAAUGCAUUUCAUUUACAUUGUAGACUGUAGAGCACCAAAGAACUGUUGUUUGGUUAUGAUUUGUUCAUGUUGUCUUUUUUAGUGUGGUAGUUUUUAAUAAAGAUGCAAUCUAAGGCAUACUUAUAAGGAAGUAAAUCCCACUGAAUUCAGCAUGCUUACUUCCAAGUAAACAUGUUCAGGAUUAGACUGCAAGUCUAAAUCAUGCCGCAUAUUUUAAUAUCUAGCCUAGGAGGGCUUUAUACUUUUCCAAUUCCCAAGCAAAACAAGUUACGAAUGAAACCUGUUGCUUUAGUUUUUUUAAGCUAUUGUUGCAAUAUAGUUUUAAAACAGCCUAUCAUACUAGUAUGAUAUAUAUAUAUAUAUAGUUGAGAGCAACGAGAACAGACAUGUAGGCGAAGCCAUAGAACAUAUUUGCUUGAAAUUUUCUUAAGCAGGGAUCUUACAAAGGGCCAGAAGUAUGAACAGUUCACAGAUGACAGUGAACAGAGCAUCUAUAUAAAAAGUAGGAGAAAGUUUAUAAAGGGCAUUGGCAAUAAACUGUUGCAGCUUUUUAUUUUCAAGUAUUGUAAAUAUUCUUUCCACACAUUAUGUAUAGCCUUGGAAUGGCACCUUUUGACUAACCCCAGAUGUUUUUCAUUCCCUGUUUUUUAUAUACAGAUGUAUAUAUAUGGUGCUCACUUUAGAACAGCAGUGUUGACCAUUUAUGCUGCAUAAGCUGUAACAUAGCCUUAUUUAGUUGUGUAUGGUUGGUUGAACCUCUGGGUGUACAGAUGUUAGCUUGAGUGUUGUCUUUUAUUCAUUUGUUCACAGGUGAAUGAUUGUGCAUGUGUUGUAUGUUGUGUUACAUUGUCAUGUUAAAGGAGGGAGAGAAUAACCACUACAUUAAAAUAUAUUGGACCAAACUAUUAUAGAACAAGUAACAGUUUCUUGUACCCCUUAAAUCUGUCUUUACAAGUUGCAUAUAGUCAACGUAGCAUAUAAAUUAAAUAUUGUGGAAAGCAGCUAGUCUUGUAUUUUUCUGUAUAUGUAUAUAAUGUACCUCUAGCAACUUAUCUGUAUUUAAGAUGUGACAAUCUUGACACACGAUUUUACAAUUAGCAGUAAAAUUAAGCAGAACAGAAUGGAGAAACGCUACAUGUAUUAGGGAGGGUACAGAAAUAUUGGUUGAUCUUUGUCAAUUGCUUCUAGCAAUGUUUGGCUUUCUUCAUUGUAUAAACAUUCAUGGUGUGUGACAAAUGAAAAAAAAAUCCAGCUAAUAAAAAUGACCUCUUGAUU